GAAUUCGGUCAGAGACGAACUUUUUGAAAUAUUUGGUAAUAGUGACCGGCACGCAACAAUGGAAGACUUCAAAGCGAUGGUGAAGUUGGAACGGGUGAUAAAAGAGACAAUGAGACUUUACCCGAGUGUGUCAGGUAUCACGCGGACUCUCAAAGAACCACUCUACCUCAGUACGUAUAUUACAGAGUGAUCAAAUUAUCAAGAACCGUAGAUUUUCUCGAAGGAUUUUGGUUGAAAUUAAUUUUUUUUUUUUACUAACUAAAAUUCUGAAUAUACAGUUUGGAUUUUCAAAUCCAAGAGGGCUACUAUCACUUUCCAUUUGAACAUAAAUUCUAGUAGAUGUUUUUUUCAUACAUUUUGAUAGUCAUAACACUAAUAUCAGAUUUACCAUUUAUGAUUUAUAACUGUUUGAAAUUUAAAAUUUAGGUUAGUAGGAAAAAUUAAUUAACUUAAUACCCAAUUUUAAAUGAUAAAUUCUUAAUCCUCACCUGCUCUUCCGGUCUGAACAUUAAACUUCUAUAACGCAUAAAUGGUAAAACUGAUAUUAGUUUUAGGAAUAUCAAAAUGCGUAGAAAAAAAUUCCUGCAAUAUUUGAAUCUGUGUCAAAAGGAGGGGGUUAAUAUUUAAAAAUGUAAAGAGCAUACUCAUUCCAUGUUUAAUUAGUGAUAAAAACGGAAAAUAUUAUUAAAGUAAAGCUUGGACGAUUUUAUAAUUAUAUGUAAAAAAAAAAAUAAAACAAAAAUAAAAUUCACUUAAUAUCCCAGGAAAAAGUCAAUGUAUAAUUUUUCAUAAUUUGAUCACUCUGUAUUAUUACAAAACUAAUUUUAUCUAUUAAUUGUAUUGCCCGUAAGUAUUGUUGAAAUUAUUAUUUAUUUAUUUUUAGGUAAAUACACGAUACUUCCGAACACAACUAUGAUCGUCUUUCCACACAUGUUACAUCGUGACCAAAACACGUACCCCAACCCGAAAGAGUUCGACCCCGACAGGUUUUUACCAGAACAGUGCGCUGAACGUCACCCAUACGCGUAUUUAAUAUUUAGCGCUGGGCCGAGAAAUUGUAUAGGUAAAUAUUACCUAAAUCGCGUGUGAACUUCGAUUUUACCAUGUUUUUUAUUUGAAAAUUUAACUUAACGAAUUGAAUUUAUAAUUUUUAUUUUAUAUUGUUUCUGUUAUUUUUCAAGCUGUUUUAAUUGUUUUACUAGAAUAAAUGGAUACAAUUAUUUUCAUUUACUCGCCCAACUUCAAAAAUAACUACAUGUAUUUACGUUGAAGUCGUAAUUUACAUGUACGUCGCCGCGAAAACUUAUAUAUUUAUGUAUAAUAUUACAGGUCGAAAAUUCGCUAUGUAUCAGAUGAAAGCGGCCUUAUCGACAAUCCUAAGGUAUAUGAGCGUGGAGACUUUGGGAACGCAACAGGAUAUUGUUAUCAGUACGAAAUUAAUAUUGAGAGCUGACAACUUGCCGAGUUUAAAACUGAACCAAUUGAAAACUACUGAAAUAUAAUGAAACUGUUGUUUUAAUAAUAAAACAGUUGAUCAAAUGAUUAAUAGAACGUAAGGCACUCACGUUAUCUCGGAAAGAUUAUACUUAAUUAUGCGGUCGCUUUACGCGCGGAUUAAAAAUUAGGAUCACUUGCUGAACUAAUUGGUAUAUGGGGAGGGCUAUAAUUUUUUGGAAUCGUAUUUUAUCAGAACCGUAUUUUGUCGGAAAAAUAAUUCGUUGAAAAGUAUUUUGUCGAAAAAAUAUUACGUCGGAAAGUUUUUUUUCGGAAAAAUAAUUCGUCGGAAAAUAUUUCGUCGAAAAAUAAUUUUUAACCAACGACGAUAACAUGCAGUCACGGAGUGUUAUGAUUAAAUUAUAUUGAAUAAUUCCGAAAAAAUAUUUUCCGACGAAUUAUUUUUCCGAGCAUGACAACAGUAUAUCAAGCAUUAAAAGUCAGUGGAUAUAAAAAUAGAAAUAACCCGACUUAUUGCAACUAUUACUCCAGAAAGAAUUUUCUCUAUACCUACAGUGAUUAAAAAUAAAUUGCGGAGCACAAAUGCACAAUGGUAGAGACCAGACUAAACGAUUAACUGACAUUAUUAUUAAUAUAAAUAAAGAUGGAUGUAAUUGUUAAUUUUGUGAAAACCAGUCAUAAUUUAGAAAAUGCUUUGAUGUAUUAAUUACAUAACUAAGUAUUUUUCAAAUUUUUUUUUUAACUGUUUGUUUUAGAAAUAAUUAAAUUUAUGUAUACAUUGUAUAAUUAAAUUGUUAUUUAUCUGUAUUCAAAUUUCUGGCACAUAGAAAAUACUUUAUAAUGAGUACUUCAUAUUAGGUAUAAUUAUUAAUUAAAAGUUUCGUACUGAUAUACUGAUAUUUAGUAACUUUUAUUUAAUUGAAAAUUGAAAUCAGAAGUAGAACAAUAAUUACUAUGAUUCAAUUAAUAUAUUAUAUUACAAAUAUUAAUUUUAUUACCUAAUAUGUAUAUUAUAGAAAUUAUUUCUAUUUUAAUUUACAGAUUAUGAGAUAACUAAAUGCAUUUUAAGAGGAUGUAAGGAAGUUGCAGAUUCUAUUUUUAAGGAGUUCCGAAUAAGCAAUUUUUUUUAGAUAUUUUCAGGUAAAUGAAAAUCCAACAACUAUCAAAUAUUUUUAAAAUAUUCUCG